AUGGGGCCCAAAAUCCCUGUCGGCGCCCCUGCCUAUGAUUACUAUAGCCUUACAUUCACAAUGUCAGCGGGAGGGAGGGGGAGCGGCGCUGCGGAAGAGCAGAGUGCGACUCCUGGUUUGGCCAGUAAACCGGUCCAGUCGUCCUCCAUGUGGAGCAGCAUCCUUUCCCACCUCAGGUCCUCUGUGACAGUGACGCGUCGGCGAGUCCACCUCAAGUCUCACAGCGACUGCUUCCUGGGCUCAGAGGCUGUGGAUGUGCUGACAGAACACAUCAACUGUGGGAAAGCCUUUGAGGGUGCUGAUGUUGCACGGGACAAAGUGGUGUGUGUGUGCCAGGCUCUGUUGGACUGUAAUGUGUUUGAGGCAGUGGGUACCAAAGUGUUUGGCAAAGACAAGAAGCAGGAUGUGUUUCAGGACAGCAAGAGUGCGCUUUACAGGUUUGUAGGUAUGUGUUCUCCUUCGGUGGAUGAGUUGGAAAAAGGAGUGCUUGUGAAGGGGAUCCAAAGACUGUUCUGCAGUGCUCCUACAGACAGGCAGGAGGAGCAGACAUGUCCCUCUGGUCCGCAUGUUCCGUUUUCAACACCUGUCAAAUGCACCCAGACGUUCCUGCAGGCAGAGCAGCACCUCUCUCCUGCUGCUGGCAGCCUGUCUCUGGGCCCUCAGAUGGACAGCCUGACUCCCUGCAGACUGCCCGACGACACCGCUCUACCACAGUCAGUGGUGGACGAGAUCUGGCAGGAGCAGACUCUGCUCAGGCUGUUAAACCUGGUGGAGCUCCCCCUGCUAGAGGGGGUGCUACAGUGGUGCCAGACCCCCGCCCCCCCCUCUCCAUCCAACCUGCUGCCUCGCAGUAACCCCAACCUGAUCUACAGCAGCAACCACCUGGCCCGGCAGAUCCUCAGGGCCUUCAGGGACUCCCAGGAGGACGAGUGGCUCGGUGCAGCUCUGGACUGUCUGGACUUCCUCCCUGAUCAGCCGGUGGUGGAGCUGAGCCGGGAGCUGCCUCUCUGCGAGCCUCAACAUCAGGACAGCAGUGAACACGGUGGAGGCUGCAGCAGUGAUGAGCAGUCUCGCCUCUCCCUGAGCGGUGUGGAUCAGUGUAAGCUGCUGCUGUACGGGACCCUGGUGAAACACUACAGCCACACAGACAGACCCCCCCUGAUGCCCCCACACAUGACUGACAUCUACACAGCCAUCACCGACCUGCUGGUGAAUGCUAAACUGAACAUGGCCCUGGAGGCUCUGCAGCUGUGUCUGAAGCUGCUGCCCCCCGGCUGCAGAGACCAGCUGCGCAAGGUGCUCACAUUUAUGGCACUGGCAGCUGACCCACAGGGGAUAAAACUGGACAAGGAGGUGAGAAGAAGGCACUGA